AUGGCGCCGUCCAACGUCACCACCACCACCACCACUGCAGUGCACAACGCCCCAGGCAAGAUCAAGCGGCCGGUGCCUCCCGGCAUCCAGACAAACGGAGCCGCAUCGUCCACCUCAUCGCCCUCUCCAUCCUUGUCCAAUAUCAAGCCCCCCAGCGCGAAGGCGCCGAGCUCGGCUAGCGAUCGGGCCAUCACUGCCUCGACUGUGCGGCCUAACCACCGGGUCCGUCGCGAUACUCUAAACCUGUCGGCGGGGCGAAGUUCGAGAAACAGCGCAGGCUUGCGAUCAGUAUUUUUUGCCAUGGACGAUGCGGCUCAUAAUGAGCCCCGACCUGCAGUCGUGACCGAUCAUUACAUCUUAAAGAAGUUUGCCGGGCGACCCCCGUCCUUGGUUGUCCAUUUACACCAGAAUCAUUUCCGCUUCGAUGGCCAAGAGGGCAUGUUUCAGUAUAAGUCACCCAUGCGGAUAUUUCUUGAGCAUAUAAGGAAUCGCACAGUACCCCACGACCUCCUUCCGUACUUUAACAAAGACCAUGUGCCAUUCUACGAAGGAUGCCUCAUUGUGCAGGUCUACGAUCACAAAGCAGUAGCCCAGACAAAGGACGUCAAGCGACCUUCGUCGGCUUCCAAUGCCGUCGUACCAUCAUCUAUUCACAACUAUAACCAGUGGCUCACGCCUUCCCCCUAUGUGCCGUAUCCUAAAGAAGAACAGAAUCCAAACGAAACGAAUGGAAAGCUGAAAGAAGAAGACACCAAAGAUACAGCGGAAAGCGAUGAAAAGGACGCUGAAAAUGAGCCCUCGAGCGUGCCUGCGGAUAUCUCGGCCAAUAAUGCUGCCCCAAAGCCGAAGAUAUGCACCCUUGUUCUUCAUCCGACACCCGAGAGUCUAAGAAUGGAUCUUUUGCUCAAGGCGACUACAGAGGAGGGACGCGACACUUCUGCAAUGGCUCCUCCAUCAACGCCAGCGACAGUGGUGCCGCCCACCCCAACCGCUUCUAGCAUGCAGCCACCCGCGAAAAAGGCUAAGCGAGAAAAAGGCGAAAUAGACGGCAGUAACAUAUAUGCUGUCGAAGGACAGAUAUUGCUGGCGACCUCUGGUCCUCUUUACCUUGAACCAACCCAAAGCCUUGAGGAUACCAUUGCGUUAUUGGAGAAAAUGUCACAUCCCAGCCACAGCAAACCUCCGCCUCAGCCAAAGGCCCGCAAGCGAACAGUGGCGGAGAUGGCCGCGGACGAGGCAGCGGCAGCAGAACUGGAGCGGUACAUGCUUGUUUUGGACGAUCGGUUGGCAUCAAAUGUCACGGGCGCUCAAGUUGGCGGUGGAGCAGAUGGAGAUGCUGCAACCGGUGCUGCUACAUUUGAACCCAGAUUUGAGCGUUUCAACGUUAUUGAAGAUAUCAAACGGGAGCAUGCCGAGAAGAGAGAGCAGGAGAAGCUCAAGCAGCAAGAGAAUGACCGAAAGCUGCAGCUGCAGAGACAGCAAGCAGCCGCGGCAGAAGCUGCUCAGAGACAAGCAGACAUGGAGAGGGUUAGGCGCGAACAGGCUCAAGCUAGAGAGACCCAAAUGCGUCAACAAGCUGCCGAAGCGCAGCGGCAAGCCAUGGCCGCUCGCGCCGCGGCGUCAACCCCUGUUGCUCAAACCAACAACAGCCAACAGCAGAUGAACCAGACGCAGCACGGCCACCCUAUUCAGAAUGGGGUGGUGCCCAAUGCGAUGCCAAAUGCCGUAUCGACAGUUCCGCAGAAUUCGAUGCCAAAUGGCAUAUCUGGACCGGCUCAGGCACGGUUCCAAGCAACAAUGUCUCAAGCUCCAGUAUCUUCUCCCAUUGUCCGGCAUAAUACACCCCAAAAUAUGUCGUCACCUAUGGUCACAAGCGUUCCUAUGCAGCAAACCAACUCCAGCAUGGCGGCAAGUCCUCCUCGACCUGCCUCAGUUGUGCAAAACCAACAGAUAGCCAUCCGUCCGGUACACCACGCAUGCCGCAGACGACGCCGAAUAUGUCUCAUGCUACUCCGCUUAACCGACCUGCAAUGGUUGGAACUCCUCGCAUAA